UGUAGUCAAGAGUCGAAGAGCAACCUCGUGGACGGCGAACGAGUUUAUAUGAAACAACCGAACGGUACUCUUCGCUGGGCAGUCCUCAAACAGCAAGCUCGGGGCACGCUGGCAGCUAGGGCACACCUGAAUCAGAUGGUGGAAGCUGUAGGCGGCGACCCUGCGACAUUCAGAAACAGGCUUGCCAAAGCGGACUACGUUCUGGCUCGAGAGGCACCUACUGGUGUCGUCCGUGAGGAGGACUCUGGGGAAAUGUUCUCGCUUUGGUCACCAGUUCACCUGGGCCAACCAGCGUCCAAUUUCUUCUGGGGGACAGGACAGUUCGCGAGCGGUACACUGACGAUGGCGCCGUCGACCCAGGAGGAGAUGGAGUGGUUUUGA